AAACGCGAUCAGGUGCCCGAUCCAUGGAACACACAAAGCAGCCGCACCAAGAUCGCUUCGCGCUCGUAGCAAUGCCGCCGUCGCUAGCCGCCGUCGCGAUCUUCCUCGCCGCCAUCCUCCUCUCCUUCCCCCGCGCCACUGCCGCCCGGCCGGCACCGGCGCCGGCGCCGUCCGGGCACGACGUCCCGGCGGUGUUCGCGUUCGGCGACUCCACGCUGGACCCGGGCAACAACAACCGCCUCACCACGCUGGUGCGCGCCGACCACGCGCCCUACGGCCGCGACUUCCCCGGCGGCGAGGCCACGGGCCGGUUCACCGACGGCAAGCUCAUCACCGACUACAUCGUCUCGUCGCUCGGCAUCAAGGACCUCCUCCCGGCGUACCACUCCGGCAACCUCACCGUCGCCGACGCCUCCACCGGCGCCAGCUUCGCGUCGGGCGGGUCGGGCCUCGACGACAUGACCGCGCGCAACGCCCUGGUGUCCACCUUCGGCUCGCAGCUCGACGACUUCCGCGAGCUCCUCGGCAAGAUCGGCGCGCCCAAGUCCGACGAGAUCGCCAAGAAGUCCCUGUACGUGAUCUCAGCCGGCACCAACGACGUCACCAUGUACUACCUUCUGCCGUUGCGCUCCGCGGACUACCCCACCGUCGAGCAGUACGGCGACUACCUCAUCGGCUUGCUCCAGUCCAACCUCAAGAGCCUGUAUCAAAUGGGAGCCCGGAAGAUGAUGGUGGCCGGGUUGCCGCCGCUGGGUUGCCUCCCGGUGCAGAAGAGCCUCCGGGGAAGUUCCGAUGGCUGCAUCGCGGCGGAGAACGAGGCGGCGGAGCGGUACAACGCCGCGCUGCAGAAGGCACUGGCCAAGGUGGAGGCGGACUCGCCCGGCGCCAAGAUCGCCUACGUCGACAUCUACACCCCUCUCAAGGACAUGGCCGAGAACCCCAAGAAAUACGGUUUCACCCAGGCGAGCCUCGGGUGCUGCGGGACGGGGAUGGUGGAGAUGGGGGCGCUCUGCACCAGCGCGCUGCAGCAGUGCCAGUCGCCGUCGGAGUACGUGUUCUUCGACUCGGUUCACCCGACGCAGGCCACCUACAAGGCGCUCGCUGAUGCGGUCGUCAAGUCGCAUGUGCCGCAGCUCAUGCGGUAAUUAGAUGGUCCGUAGCAUAGUUAAUUUAUUGUGUUCAAAUACUACAUAACUACUAGGAAUGUAGUUAUGGUUUAGCUGCUAGAGUUUAGCUUAUAGCUUAGGUUAGUUGGUCCAUACUUGUAGGGUUAUUUGAGUGGACGAUAUUCAGCUCAGGAUGUGUGCAUAGAUUUAUUUAAUUCAGUUUUGCAUGUUCAAAUGAAUAAGCCUCAUAGUGGCAGACACAAAUAGAAAGGGAGAUAAUGUAUUCUAUAUUCGGCUGCUAAUACUCUAAUAGCAAUAGAUUGGAAAUUACGCAAAUAGAUAUUGUCUACCUGCG